ACUGUGUGGCAGUUUUUAGUAAGCUUCAGACAAGAUGGGUUCUUUAUCUAUUGUUUUCUGGUUUUUGAUUAGCAUUGUGUCCCUGAUUUACAUUUAUUUCAAGAAAAAAUACUCGUAUUGGAAGGAUCGCGGUGUGAAUUAUGCCGAGCCGAUAUUUCCCAUGGGGAAUUUACCAUCUCGGAAAGCGCAUUUUAAAGAUUUCCUUAUCAGCGUCUACAAGUAUAAAAAUGAAAACCCCUUCGUGGGCGCUUAUAUAAUAGCGAAACCAAUAGUAAUUCCAACGAGUCUCGAUUUCAUUCAGAACAUCCUAGUGAAAGACUUCAGUAACUUCCAUGAACGUGGAGCAUACUUGAAUGAAGAAGAUGACCCUUUGGCUGCCCACAUGUUUUCCGUGGAUGGAGAGAAGUGGAAGUUUCUACGUACCAAACUAUCUCCGACAUUUACAUCCGGCAAAAUGAAGUUCAUGUUCUCGACAGUUGUAGAUGUAGCGAAUCGAUUUAAUGAUACUAUCGCGAAUGUUGUGAAACCGGGACUUGGGUCGGAAUUGGAGAUCCGAGAUCUGCUUGCCAGAUUCACCACAGAUGUGAUAGGUUCUUGUGCAUUUGGAAUAGAAUGUAAUAGUUUGAAAGAUCCCAACUCAGCUUUCCGCUAUUAUGGAAGGAAAAUAUUCGAAGAUGCUCCAAUCGGAGCUGGAACACUGUUGUUAGCUUUUCAGUAUCCGGAUUUAGCAAAGAAAUUGCAUAUUACGCUGACGCGGAAAGAAGUGAUCAACUUUUUCAUGAACACAGUUCGAGAAACAAUUGAUUAUCGGGAGAAAAAUAAUGUCAAACGGAACGAUUUCAUGAAUUUUCUGAUCCAAUUGAAAAAUGGCGAGAGUAUAGACGAUGAAAGUGCAAACCAGAUGAGAAAAUUGACCAUCAAAGAAGUUGCUGCACAAGCAUUCCUGUUUUUUGCUGGCGGAUUUGAAACUUCAUCCACAACAAUGGCCUAUUGCUUAUAUGAAUUGGCGUUGAAUCCUGAGAUUCAAGAAAAAGCUCGACAAGAAAUCAGGGAUAUAUUGGCGAAACACGAAGACAAACUUACCUACGAAGCAAUCCAGGAGAUGACAUACAUUGACCAAAUAAUAAAUGAAGCUCUUCGCAAGUAUCCACCAGCGGUAUUUCUCAUCAGAAAAGCAGCCCAAGAUUACCAGAUACCCAACACAAAAACAAUCAUUGAAAAAGGGCAGGAAAUAAUGAUUCCAGUUUAUUGUAUCCAUCAUGAUCCAGAAAUAUAUAUGAAUCCAGAAUCUUUUGACCCAACACGUUUUUCACCAGAGCAGACAAGAAAGCGGUAUCCAAUGUCUUUCUUAGGUUUUGGUGAUGGACCUAGAAAUUGCAUUGGAAUGCGUUUUGCAAAAAUGCAGAUAAGGAUUGGGUUAAUCACGUUGUUACAUAAUUAUCGAUUUAAACCGUCGUCCAAAACUGUAAUUCCAUUAAUUUAUGACUCAGACAUGACCAUACUCACUCCGAGAGGUGGAAUGUAUCUUGGAGUCGAGAAAAACUGAAAAAUAUUAUAAAGU